GUACUUACUAUAGACACUCAAGACAUCAGUCAACGCACCACAACACGCAGUGUCCUAUAGAUAAGAAGAAGAGACGAUAGUGUACACACACGGUUUUGUGGUUGAAUCCAAGAUAUCGGAAUAAUAAAGAAAUAUGAGAUUAUUUGAUGUUAUCUCAAUAAUCGGAUGUGCAGGGUUAGUUCAGGGCACUCGGAUGUCACUUGAGCUUCAAGGGUACACCAUAAACGAUGGUCUAGGUAAAGCAUACAAAAUAAUGUACCAUGGUCGAGUUUGGAACGAAGCUAGGCUUGUGUGUAUAGACGAAGGCGGGAAACUAGCCGUUCCAAAAACAGAGAAAGAGUUCAAAUUCCUUCAGCAGUUAGUGCGAACGAUGAAAUAUGCUGAAAUUUCUGGUACUCAGUUUGCUAUAUUAUCAUGGCUUGGCAUCAAUAACAUCGCCAAUCAUACAAUUUGGGUAAAUGUUGACGGCGAAAACAUAAAUGACAGUGAGUUUCAUAAAUGGGCGGGAAACAAUGGACAAGCUUACAGUGGCCCCCUGGAGCCUCACUGUGCCGCCAUUGACGGAAUGAAUUUUGGACUUCGUGACUUCUGGUGCCACCGCGCCCAGCCCUUCAUUUGCGAAAAGACUCUCUUGUAGAUUAAUAUUAUUUAUUAUAAUGUCUUCGUAUUUACAGCCCUAAUAAUAUGUAGGUACUGUAACUACUUAACCAUAAUCCAAAAAUAAAAUAAUACGUUGUAUUUUA